CAGUUAGUGUAUAUUGGCUGGCAGAGUGAAACUUGCCGAGUCAGGAUUUGAGACCCGCAUAAGAUAUUUUUGCUGCAGUAAUAGCAAAGGGUUUUAUUUACUUCUGCCUGUACUCCGUUGAAUGGAUUUCAGCCUGGCCGUGAGACUAGACUAAUUGGCUUUUUUCAGAGAGUGAAAGGGAAUGGGGUAAAAAUAACGAAAUAAAAUACCUCCUGUAUUUGUAUCCAGCUGUCUUGGUUGCUCAUGGUCCCAGUGGAUUGGUACUUCACACUGUCUGUCUUCUAGGUUCUUUAGAACCUCCUUCUCUGCCAGUUUGUUUUUUAGUUGAUUUUUUUUUUCCAAUUGCACAUCUUCAUUCCUGGAAAAAAAUCCAUUCAAAAUUUGAGUUGAAUUUUUGUGUCCUCUGAUCGUAAGGCAAGAAGGUAAAAGAGAAAACUGAUCUUGAAGACUGAGGCUGGCUCAAUGUAUCCAGAAUCUACCACUGACUCCCCUGCUCGACUCUCGCUACGACAGACUGGCUCUCCAGGGAUGAUUUACAGUGCUCGAUAUGGGAGUCCCAAACGACAGCUCCAGUUCUACAGAAAUCUUGGGAAAUCGGGGUUGCGAGUGUCCUGCCUUGGCUUAGGAACAUGGGUGACGUUUGGAGGGCAGAUUACAGAUGAGAUGGCAGAACAGUUGAUGACUUUAGCAUAUGACAAUGGCAUUAACCUGUUUGACACAGCAGAAGUCUAUGCUGCUGGGAAGGCUGAAGUUGUGUUGGGAAAUAUUAUUAAGAAGAAGGGUUGGAGGCGCUCUAGCCUGGUCAUAACAACCAAAAUCUUCUGGGGAGGAAAAGCAGAGACUGAGAGGGGACUCUCCAGAAAACACAUCAUAGAAGGUCUGAAGGCUUCCUUAGAACGGCUGCAGUUAGAGUACGUGGAUGUCGUGUUUGCUAACAGACCAGAUCCCAACACACCCAUGGAAGAGACGGUGAGAGCAAUGACCCAUGUUAUCAACCAGGGAAUGGCCAUGUACUGGGGAACGUCGCGCUGGAGCUCCAUGGAGAUCAUGGAAGCUUACUCAGUGGCACGGCAGUUUAACCUAAUCCCGCCGAUUUGUGAGCAAGCCGAGUACCACAUGUUCCAGAGGGAGAAGGUGGAGGUGCAACUCCCUGAGCUCUUUCACAAGAUCGGGGUUGGUGCCAUGACCUGGUCCCCGCUGGCCUGUGGAAUUGUUUCUGGAAAAUAUGAUGGCGGAAUCCCUCCUUACUCUAGAGCAUCGCUGAAGGGAUACCAGUGGCUAAAAGACAAGAUCCUGAGCGAAGAGGGAAGGAGACAGCAAGCAAAGCUGAAGGAGCUGCAAGCCAUUGCAGAGCGCCUGGGAUGCACCCUGCCACAGCUCGCCAUCGCCUGGUGUCUGAGGAAUGAAGGAGUCAGCUCCGUUUUGCUAGGCGCUUCCAGUGCAGACCAAUUAAUGGAGAAUAUCGGAGCAAUACAGGUUCUUCCAAAAUUGUCCUCUUCCAUUAUACAUGAGAUUGAUAGUAUUUUGGGCAAUAAACCAUACAGCAAAAAGGACUACAGAUCCUAACUGUGCCUACUGGCCCCCUGGACUCACUCUCAACUCCUAGCCUUCUGUUUGCUUGCUUAAGCUUUACUAAAGCCAAUUGAAGAGUGUGAUUGGCAUCAAAAGAAUACAACAUGGCAAGAUGUGUUAGAGAAAUUGUGUAAAAUGUUGCUGCAAGAUGACAUAUGCUUAUUAUGUAACAUUUAUUUUGAAUGCAAGAAGAGUCACAGAUUGGGAAGGGUAUGUCAGAGCUGUGAUUUUACCCUCGAUGAUUGGCCUCUGUGCUUCCUUUUUUAAAAGAAGAAACUACUUUUUUCACAAACACACACAGAAUAUCACUGCUUUUUGUUAAUUCCAGCUCCUAUACAAUGUGCUUGACUAUUCAGAUCUGACACAUACACCAUUUAACUGGAAGAAUUAGAGUCUCCGUUUCAAAAGCAAUGCUGGCUUUACAAGGAUCUGGCUAAUGUGAGUGUGGAGGACUGUCUGUGGUAACAUCUAGGCUGUUUUGAGAAACAGCUGUUUCGAGAGUACUGCUUGCAUCUCCUAACUGGUUCUGUUCUUUAGUUCACUCUGUAUUUGUUUCUGUUGGAGAAGAUUGUAUUUUUUGAAGUAUUCAAAGUGAAUCAGCCAAGUUCUUGGCAAGCAGCUGUAAGAGUUCAUGCUCCACGAUUCAGUAGCCUCCCCAAGGCCUGCACUGGGGUUGGGCGUGUUUGUCUCAAUGCUUUUUUUUAUUUUUCUGGUGCCUCAUGUUGACCUUCCAAGGUGGCGUUGCUAAUCACACAAGGCCUGAGCCCGCUCAGUUCCAGUCAGGGGGCUUUCUCUCCCUAUGAACAGGCUAUGUCCUCAGCCCAAGCACCUGUUGGCCUCAGUCGGCUUCCUGGCGUUUUGCUGAGGACAGAGUGCAGGAUGCAGUUUGUGGCUUUGAAGAGAAGUGGCGUGUUGGCGUUGAAGGCAUUCCAGUAAGAAUCCCUCACCGUGCUAGUGCUUUUCUCUCUAGCAGGCAGUGCUAUUUUAACAUGAGCAUCUUGCAGGUUUCAUUAUUUCCUCCAUAAUUCACUCAGGUCUAGGUUCUCAUUGUAAACUUCAGAUUAGUUGUAAAUGUUUAGUAUAAACAUUGUACAUGUGAAACAGUGUAACUGCUUAGUAUGAAAGAGAGCAGAGACCUUCAAUUAAUCUGUCCAGGAAACAUUCCACUUGAAUUUUAGAUGCUUGAUUUCCUUAACACCCAGAAUCGAAUGAGAGAUUUCGUAAGCAACCUCUCGACCUGCCUGAACCUGUCAUUGCUUUAAAAGGAGCAGGGCAGACAGGGAUUUAGUUUACAUGUGUUCCGAGGACAAUCAUAGAGAAUCGUUACCAGCUGCACACAAUAAAUGAUGGUAAUGAGCUAUUUAAUCCUAGUACCAAGA